CGCCGGCAGCCCCGCCCCCGCGGUGGGGUCCCCAUUGCUGGCCCUCCUCACCUCCUCCACCUCCACCCUCACCCUCCCGCCUAGCGCGGGAAAAUAACCGCCGCACCGCCCAGGGGAGAGGAGGAGGAGGACGGCUGCAGGGCUUCGGUUCCGCCGGGAUCCCACCCGCCGCCGCGCCCGGACGGGAAUGCGGGGCCCCAGCCGCCGCGGAAUUCGCUAGCCGCGCCCAGCCGCCGCCCGCCGGAGACAUGGUAGAGGGCAGGAACUGUCUCCCCGCAGAGGUCAGGAACGGGCUCGAGACGCUGAAGAAGAGGAGGCUUGAGAGGAUGCGUUUGAGCGCGCAGAACGAGGCCGACGACAGCCCUGCCGUGGCUGCGAGGAGCGGCGGGGAUGCGCUGCGGACGCCUGCAAACUGUGGGGUGAGAUUGCACGCCAACAAUGGUGCUGCAGGUUCACCGAGCACUAGCAGUGCCCAGGACAAGGAUCCUUUCGCCAAGCGCAAGGUGGACAAGUUCGACAUGUCGAACCUGGAAUGGAUCGACCAGAUACCGGAAUGCCCUGUGUACUGUCCCACCAAGGAGGAGUUCGAGGAUCCCAUUGCUUACAUACAGAAAAUAUCCCCUGUGGCUGCAAAAUACGGCAUUUGCAAAAUCGUAGCUCCUGUAACCGCUUCUGUGCCUGCUGGUGUCGUGCUGAUGAAGGAGCAGCCUGGCUUUAAGUUCGUUACUAGAGUUCAGCCGCUUCGUCUUGCUGAAUGGGCUGAAGACGACACGGUCACUUUCUUUAUGAGUGGAAGAAAGUACACUUUCCGAGACUAUGAAAGAAUGGCCAAUAAGGUGUUCUCUAAGAAGUAUUCCAGUGUUGGCUGUCUCCCAGCCAAGUACGUGGAGGAGGAGUUCUGGCGCGAAAUCUCUUCUGGGAAGAUGGAUUCUGUUGAAUAUGCCUGCGAUGUUGAUGGGAGUGCCUUCUCUUCUUCUUCUCACGAUCAGCUUGGGAAAAGCAACUGGAACCUCAAGAAUUUUUCACGGCUCUCCAGUUCUGUGCUUAGACUUCUGCAGACACCAAUUCCGGGAGUAACAGAUCCGAUGCUCUAUAUCGGGAUGCUCUUUAGCAUGUUUGCAUGGCAUGUCGAAGAUCACUAUUUGUACAGCAUUAAUUACCAUCAUUGCGGGGCAUUUAAAACAUGGUAUGGGAUACCAGGCGAUGCUGCUCCUGAGUUUGAAAGAGUGGCUAGCCAGUAUGUAUACAACAAGGAUAUUUUGACUGGUGAUGGAGAAGAUGCAGCAUUUGAUGUUCUGCUAGGGAAGACAACAAUGUUCCCUCCCAAUAUCCUGUUAGACCACAAUGUUCCUGUUUAUAAAGCCGUGCAAAAACCUGGAGAGUUUGUUAUUACAUUCCCUCGUUCCUACCAUGCGGGUUUCAGCCACGGCUUCAACUGUGGAGAGGCUGUCAACUUUGCUAUUGGCGACUGGUUUCCUAUGGGCUCUCUGGCUAGCAAACGCUAUGCACUUCUGAACAGGACACCUUUUCUUGCUCAUGAGGAGCUACUUUGCCGUUCUGCCGUGCUUCUGUCCGACAAACUAUCAAACAGUGAUCCAACAACACUUAAUUCUGAGCACCCAUACACUCAAUACUGUGUGAAGUCUUGCUUUGUGCGGUUGAUGCGACUGCAGCGACGUACACGUGGCUUACUUGCUAAAAUGGGCUCUCAGAUAUGCUACAAGCCAAAACUUUAUUCGAAUCUGUCUUGUAGCAUGUGCCGGCGUGAUUGCUACAUUACACAUGUGGCAUGUGGAUGCACCUUUGAUCCUAUCUGCCUUCAUCACGAGCAAGAGCUGCGGAGCUGCCCUUGUAAAUCUAACCGGACUGUCUAUGUCAGAGAGGAUGUACUGGAACUAGAGGCUCUAUCUAGAAAAUUUGAGCAGGAUAUUCGCUUGGAUAAGGAAAAAAGCACUAAUGGCUCUUUUAAGCAGGCUAGUCCAUCAUUUAGGACUAACCGGGCAAUAAGCAACAGUGAGGCAAACUCUAUAGAUGAUGCAAUUUUAGAAGCAAAUGAUGCCGACGCUGGAAAGAUUUCUCCUGCAACAUCAUCGUUGACAUCUUUUGCACAUCAUAACGAGCCUCUACCUGCAGAAUCAAAGGUCUAUGCAUCUCAAACCAACCAAGAUUACUCAACUGCAAACCAGGCCAUAAACACAUCACCAGUCAAACGAAAUGACACUCUGGGUGACAAUUCAUCCUUCAUGGCUGACGCUUGUAAUGAAAUUAGUUCCUGCAAUGCUUCACCCAUGGAUUAUAGCGGCAAUUCUGAUUCUGAUUCUGAGAUCUUCCGAGUCAAGCGCAGAUCCAGCAUAUUAGGAAGAUCUGCUCUUGACACAACGACAACGGACUCCUCUGAACAGAAGGUUCUGAGGCGGCUAAAGAAGGUGUGCCAUGAAACGCAACAGGACAAUAAGCAUCCCGCAGACUCUGAGCAUUUUUCAGUUCCUGCGAUCCAUACGAGCCGUAUGAAGUCAAAUUCCGCCUCCACUUCUGAUGAAGAAAGAGAGGACAUGGUUCCCAUCUCCUGGAGGAUGAAGCGGCGCCACCUGGAAACUAAACACGAAGAUGCCAGCUACGAAGUGAAGCCGAAGGUGUAUCCAUCUACCAGCAGUUGUUCCCAGCAAGAAUUUGCGGAAGCGACUAGAGAUGCAGCUUCAGAGGUCCGGCCAAAGCGAGUGAAAAUCCGGUUCACUCCUAGCGCUAACAGACUGGUUGAGCAGCAGAGCAGGUCAGGUCAGAGAUUUGCAAGCGAUGACAAGCCACCUGGGUAUUGGCGCAUGUAUUAGGGUGCGGCUACACACAGGUGCUAACCUCAACAGAUAGAAUUCUUUGUCUAGGUGCAUUGUUAACUACACGAAGCGCUUGCAUUAUGGUUAGCACAGAUGCUGACUGACUGAGUUUAGGAAGGGUGAGGAGAGGAGGAUAGGGCUGAUUGCUUUGGUUAAUCCAUUCUUUGUGCAGCAUGGCCUCCAAUUUGAGGCCUAGCUAGGCACGGUUAGAAGACAUGAUUUGUUUAGAGGCUCUGAGUCACCGCUUGCUGCUCUUUGAUGCCUGCAUUGCCUGUGACGGAAUUGGGCCUCGCUACCUUCCAUUCUGCAAGUCCUUUUUUUCUUUUGUUUAGCAGCUGUAAAUCUCUCUGUAUCUUCUUGUUUUUAUCAUCAACAAGAGCGGCAUUAGCUGCUGCUAACUGUAUUCUUUCAUACGCUUGUCGAUUCAAGUAACCUUGGCUUA